AUGGCCCCUUUUAUGAGACUAAUUAUAGUUGCAAGCAGUGCUUGCAUGUGUGUUAUUAUGGUCGCUAUAUGUUCUGUAUGAACACUAAAUUCUCGAAUUUAUUUGGAUUCUGAGUCAGAUGCUUCCCAAUUAAAAUUAUUAAUCAGCAAGCCAGAUAAAAUUUCAAAUGCUGAUUACCUUUCAAUGCAUAAUUACACAAAAAUACUUGAUGUAGAGGAAACUGAAAAACUUUAUAAUCUGGUCGGAAAGGUGGCUUCAAUUCCUGGAAUAUUUGGAUACACCAAAGAGAUAGGCGACUCUCUUUUUCCGUAUUAUGAAUAUCCUGAUUGCUCCAAAUCAGCGUAUAAAACACCAGGAAGUUGAUUAUCUAUAAACUACCAGACAAAUUCGUUGGCAAUGAGUUGUCCUAAAGGAAGCAAAGGAAGAUUUGUUUCUGGUCCAAUUUUUAAUGUAACUUUUACUAAUCCAGUUGAGCUACGAAAAUAUUGAAAAGUUGUAGACUAUGAAGGGGAAACAAAACUUGACAAUCAAACUGAUUGAGUUAUUGGAACCUGCGGAAAAUCCAAUAAAUUCGAACUUCACCAGCAUAUUCCUCGUUUUAAGCUCUAUUCAUAUAAGCGCUCAGGCCAUUUCGCUAGGCAGAUGAAACAAUCCACAGGCAGCCAAACUCAAAAACCUUUAAUUAUUUUAGUUCUUACUGCUGAUAGUUUUUCACGCAGGCAUUUUUUUAGAAAAAUGCCAAAAACAAUACAAUAUUUGAACGAUUUAGAAAAAGGUAAAGAAUGAAAAAUUUUUGACUUUAAAAUACACAAUAUUAUAGGAACUGAUACAGCUGAAAAUCAAGCAAGAAUUUUUGGUGAAAAGUUCAACGGGUUUCAGUUUGGAACUAACUUAAAUAGAGAUUUAUUUGGUUCUGAUGCAAUUUGGUAUAAAAUGAUUAAAAGUGGGUUUGUUACUCUUUUAGGGUUUGAUCCAUGCGCAUUUAAGCUUCACAGAGUUAUAGGAAGAAUGCCUAAAGCUGAUCACGUAUCUGAAUCUUUUUUUUGUGCCAAUACAAGAUUUUCAGGAUACAGUACGAAAAAACGAGGCAGCAGCAACCAAAGAUGUAUUGGCCAUCAUAUGUCUCACUAUUACCUCAUGAAUUACACACUUACAUUUAGUGGACUUUAUGCAGGCAGAAACCAAUGGGCAUAUAAUCACUAUGCAGCAGCCCAUGAGCAAACAGGACAGCACGCGCAAACACUUGACAAAGAUAUGGUUUGGUAUUUAUCACAAUAUAUCAACAGUUUUGGGAAGGACAAUAAUAUCGUUAUAUUUUUAAUGGGAGACCACGGAAUGAGAUAUGGGGAUUUUAUAUCAAAUACGUAUGCGAUACAAGAGCAUAGACUUCCUGCGUUUUUCCUUAUUUCUCAAAGGUCAUUUUUAGAUACAAUAGAAUAUUCAUAUGACACAUUAAGCCAUAACACUGAAAGAUUAGUAACUAAGCCUGAUAUAAGAAGAACGCUCCUAUAUUUAGCAGGAUAUCCUUAUAAUGCUCCUGAAGAGCCAAAAAAGUCUAGCUUUGUGAAUAUUUUUAAAGAAAAAAUCGACGACAAUCGCAGAUGCGAAGAUGCCGAAAUUCCUCCAUGAUACUGCUCAGCUUAUGUUUUAGACCAAAUGCCUACUUAUUUUUACAAUAAAAAUGACCCUUAUUACUCUAGAAGAAACUCCACAGAAAAAGAGCUUGGAGACUUAGUUAAUAAAAUAGGUUUAGAAACAGUUUCUUUAUUAAAUCAAAAUGUAUACACACCUUCGAGAUAUGAUAAAGGAAACUUAUGUAAAAAACUGACGUUUAAAGAGGUGACGCUGACUAUUUACAACGUUAUGAAAAAUUCAAACAUUAUUAUGAAAUUAAUUGUAAAAGUUAAUGAAAGCGAAAAAGCGCUUUUUGAUUCAUGGAUUAUCAUAUCAGAACAAUAUGAUUUAAAUACUCCUGAAGGAGAAACUGAAAAUUAUACUCCCUUUCCAAUAGUUUUUAAUGGUCGAAGAUUGUUUGCAAAACUUAUUAAUGUGUUUCGUGCUGAUAAAUAUGGAGGAACAUGUGAAGAGUUAGCAAGAGAAGCUGAGCUGAAUCCUGAACAUUGUUUAUGUAAGGAUGAAAUCAUUGCAGAAAUAGAGCAGCUUGAAGAAAUCGAAGACCAUGAUGGCAAUACUCAGCGGUAA